AUGUCAAUCGAUAUCCCUCCAAAUCAAACUUUAUACGUUAAUAAUUUAAAUGAGAAGGUCAAGAAAGAAGAAUUAAAGAAAUCCUUAUACGCGAUAUUUUCUCAAUUUGGCGCGAUAUUGGAUAUCAUUGCCAUGAAAACUUUAAAGAUGAGAGGACAAGCGUUUGUAGUUUUUGAGGAUAUUAGUAGUGCUACUAACGCACUACGAGCGAUGCAAGGAUUUCCUUUUUAUGAGAAGCCUAUGAGAAUUACUUAUUGUAAAUCGAAAUCAGAUGCGGUAGCUAAGAAAGAUGGCUCAUAUGUACCUAGGGAGAAGAAGGUUAGAGAGAAGAGAAAGCCCGACGAAGGAAUGCCACAUGCUGCCGGUAGCCAAGAGGAACUUCCUAAUAAGAUCUUAUUCUUAACUAAUCUCCCUGAAGAGACUACGGAAUUAAUGCUUUCGAUGUUAUUCAAUCAAUUUCCUGGAUAUAAAGAAGUCCGUUUGGUUCCAGGAAGACAUGAUAUUGCAUUUGUCGAAUUUGAAUCGGAGAUUCAAGCAGCUACAGCUCGUAAUUCAUUGAAUGGCUUUAAAAUUACACCAACUCAUCAAAUGAAUAUCGCAUUUGCCAAAAAAUAA